AUGAAGGGUUAUGGUAAAACAAACGAGAGCAAGCAGAGAAGUCUGCAAAGUGAGUACUUUGAUACUCAAAACAACAAUUUGGAUACAGAAAUGUAUUUAAAAGACAAAAUUAAGCAUGUUUAUGCUAAUGGUAGCACUCCUAGAGUUUGCUACAAGAAAGAUCGAGAAUUACAAUAUUCUCUCAACAAAUUAAAAAUUCUUUCUGAAAGAAUUAAUAAAAAUGAUUUUCUUGACAGGUCGAGAAAAGAAAAAAAGCAAGAUCUAGAUGAUCUUAAAAAAUAUAUUUCUAGCUCCUACGAGUUGAUUACAACUCAACAGGAAUACUUGGAGCUCUUUUAUAGUAAGCUAGAAGAACAAAAAUGUAAAAUAAAAAUUUUACAAAAAACCAAUUUGGGUGGUGUCAUCUUUGAUGAAAUUGUGUCACCAGAAAACAAUUUUGAAGUGAUGGUAAAAGAUCACUCAAAAGAAAAUAAAGGCCAGGAAGUUAUUGCAACUGAAUUCCAGACAAUUUGUAGUAGUGAAACUCUUCAUGAAACUGCUGCAGAAAAAAAUAUUUCUAAUCUAGAAAUAAUAAACAAUGAUGUUUUAAUUAAUGUCAAUAAAAUCAAUUCUCCAGAUGAAAAGGAGGAAGAAGAUAGAUUGUCAGAAGAUGGCAAAAGAAUAUGUUUAGAAGUCAGAGAGUCUUCUAUUAAAAAUGUAGAAACAGAUGUUAAAGAUGUUUCUAAGAAAACCAAUGUCAUAAAAAACAAAAAUGACGCAAACAAAAGAGCAGUAAGAAAGCAUUUAAAUGCAAUCUCUGCUAUAAUAGCUGGUAAAAGGAAAGCUCCUAAGACUGGACUUAAGCUUUACCAAGUAAAUGAUGAUGGAUGGAUAUCUGUCAAACAUACUUUUAAACCAAAGAUUUACUUUGGUUCUAAUAAUAAAAAUAACUUUAAAAGUUAUAAGAAAACAAACUUUAAUAGAUUUAGUUCUAUGGAAGUAGAAAACAAAAUAAAGGAGAUUACUCCUUUAUAUAAAAAGGGUCAUGCAGUGUCACAUGACAAACAAAAAUCUUCUAAAAAGGAGAACAAAAAAAUUAAAAAUAUCUAUUUAAAGAAAAAUUUAGCCCAUAAUAUGGCUGAGAAAAAGAUCAAAGAAAAUUCUUUGAAGAAUAAAGCCCCGGUUCGAUCUCAGAAGAACUGGGCAAAAGGGAAUAGCAAAGAUACCCUUAAGAAAAUGAUACAGGAGGGAACCAGAUUGUCAGAUUGCAAGUUUAAACUUGUUUUAAUGUACGGACUAAACCCCAGAGGGCAGCAUCAAUCAAGAGACACAUGGGCUGCUCUCAUGGAGAUUGAGACAAAGGAUCUCCCCCUGUUAAAAAGGAUGCCUGACUCUGAUGUAUUUCUACUGAUGGUUAGAGAAAAUGUUUGCCAAAAGGCAAUAAAAAAUUUUAAAGAGAGUUUUAAAGAGAUCCAUAUUUGUGAAGAUAUGUCAGAAUUUUCUGACUUUUUAAACUUUAAUAGAAAGAUUGUUUUGGAUGAGUUACUGAGGCUCUCCAAAACUCAUGCUAAGUUUAUACCUCUGGCCAAUGCCUGUAAGUAUAUAAAGAAAAAAAUAAAUAAAGAAAUAGCUGACUAUGGUGAUUUCUUAUAUUUAGGAAAAAUGAUGGGUGAGCCUGCCCGAAAAAAUAAGGAUUUUAAUAAUGAAUAA